GCCAGCAGAGGGCAGGAGCAGCGAUGAAAUGAAGGCGAAGUACUGGGGGUCGCGGUGGCGCUGGUGAAUCAGAGAGAGAGAGAUGCAGAUUCUCCACUGCCCACGUCUCCCUUCGCUCCCGUGGACACAGUACACGACUCAUAUGCGGCUCUUCCUAAUCACCUGAGCAGCCCUGUCUCCUAGGCUCUUGGUGGUCUUUUCCAGCCUCAUGUUUGAAAUGCUCCUGCCCUCCCACAGCUCCCCGAAUUUCCCUUCAGCCCCCCUAUCCCCCAGCUUGGGACUAGUACAUCCAGCUGUCUACUUGGCAUCUUCCCUAGGCUGUCAGUGUCGGACACUUCAAACGUAACGCGUCCCAAGUGGAAAUCAUCAACUUCCUGGCUCCUUCCCUUGAAACCGCGGCCUACUCAUCAUUGCCCUGAGAUGACUGUAAUUCUCCAGCCGGCCGGCAGAGAGAAGCAGCGGCCGCGCAAUCCUGUGCUGGGCUCCCAUCAGAUACCAGACCCAGGCCAGGAUGGCGAGCUAGGUUUCCUCCGACCCAGGAGCACCGGCCCUCCCUGCAGGACCGUUUAUAACUUAUCUUCCUGGACCUGGCACAAGCAGCCCUGGAGGGCUGGGGCAAAGAAAAGCAGAAGGAAUCCUCUGAGCCUGGACUCAGCACCGCUCUGCGCUCCCUGGGAACCCCGCACAGACACCGAAAAGAUGGCUGGAAAUGUGAGAUUUCCUCUCCUAUUGCUGCUGGGGCUGUUUGCAAUGCUGAGUCCUCUUUGGGCUGUGCCUCCGGGCUUCACCCCAUUUAGAUGGUUUGCAGUUCAGCAUGUGCACCCAAAUCCUCUCACUUCAUGCAAUGGGGCCAUGAGAGGUAUCAACCAAAACCUCCCGCAUGGGGGCUGUAAGCCUACAAACACCUUUCUGCAUGACUCUAGCCAAAAUGUGAUUCAUGUCUGUACUUUGGCCAACAUCCCAUGCAAGAAUCGUCGGUAUAACAACUGCCACCAGAGUGCAAGUCCUGUGAACAUGACUGUCUGCCGGCUCAUUAGAGGGAGCACCCCUCCUAACUGCCGUUACACGAAUCGUAAUAGUUUUGCAGGCUUCACUGUAGCCUGUAAUUCACCUCAGGCAGGUGACCCUCUAGAUCCCCUGGUUCCUGUACACUUAGAUUAGAUUUGCUAAAGUUUUGAUCACUUUUCUCCUUUUUGACACUGUUUCUAUUGUAGUCUCUUCUGUCUUUUGAAUUUUCUUGUUCCCAUAAAAGAAAGAGGGGAGGAAUUGGGAGAAUUAGAGUUCCUAAGAACUGGGAUUAAAUAUGUAUAAAAAUCAUUCUUUUCUGCUUUGGGAUCUGUCUGUGCUGAGGCAAAGCAAAUAUAUAAGGGAGGAAAAGAGUUCUAGGACUUUGGCCAAGCUUUAUUUCAGUGCCUUCACAGCAAUAAAAUGACU